CUCCUUCGUCUUCUUCAUCAAGAAAGAGAGAGAGAGAGAGAGAAAGGGAGAACCAUUCUUCUCUUGCCUCAAGUGGUUUAAGAAGACAACAAAAAGAAAUGGAAGAUCAUCUUCCUCCAGGGUUCAGAUUUCAUCCGACAGACGAGGAGCUCAUAACGCAUUACCUAUGUCGGAAAGUCUCCGAUACAGGAUUCACCGGUAAAGCUGUCGUCGACGUUGAUCUCAACAAGUGUGAACCUUGGGAUUUGCCAGCCAAAGCUUCAAUGGGAGAGAAAGAGUGGUAUUUCUUCAGCCAAAGGGACCGGAAAUAUCCAACCGGUUUGCGGACAAACCGAGCAACAGAAGCCGGUUAUUGGAAAACCACGGGGAAAGAUAAAGAGAUAUACCGAAGUGGAAUGUUGGUAGGGAUGAAGAAAACCCUAGUUUUCUACAAAGGACGAGCUCCCAAAGGUGAGAAAAGCAAUUGGGUUAUGCAUGAGUACAGGCUUGAGAGCAAACAACCCUUCAACCCCACCAAUAAGGAGGAAUGGGUAGUGUGUAGGGUUUUCGAAAAGAGCACGGCAACGAAGAAAGCACAAGAGCAACAACCUCAAUCUUCACAACCUUCUUUUGGAUCUCCAUGCGAUGCCAAUUCAUCAAUGGCAAAUGAAUUUGAAGAUAUCGAGCUUCCGAAUCUGAAUUCAAACUCAUCGACCAUCGACUACAAUAAUCAAAUCCAUCAAUAUAAUUCGCAGCGCAAUGUCUAUUCAGAAGACAAUACGACAAGUACGGCUGGUCUCAACAUGGCUAGUUCUAAUAUUCCUUCUUGGACAACAAGUCUACUUGGUCCGCCUUUAUCUCCAAUCAACUCUUUGUUGCUCAAGGCUUUCCAAAUUAGGAACACUUACGGUUUCCAAAAAGAGAUGAUUCCCAAUUUCAACCCGUCUCCUCUUCAACAAGGAGUGGUCUCCAAUAUUAUGCAAAAUGGUUCAAGUUCGUCUCAAGCACAAGCACAACCACAAGAGGAAGCGUUUAAUAUGGACUCCAUAUGGUGAAGGGGAUUCAAAUCACGUAUAUUAAAUUUGAGAUUCCCUAGUCCCUACUUAUGUAAUCUCCAUCAAUUUUAUCAAUUGUAUCAUUUACACACACGUAGAUCAUUUAUGGGUAUCAAGUAAAUUAAUAAUUAGUGUAUCUUUUAUGUGAAACUAGGGAAAAGUCUUCCCAUGCAUGUCUACGUCCUUUAAUGUGAAGGGGGACAAAGACACGUCUUAUAUAUAUAUAGCCUUUGUAGUUUUCAUUUCAUGUAUAUAUUACUUGUUAACA